GUCUCAGCCUGAGUCUCUCGAGCGCCCGGGGCCACCACACAGCUAUUAUCUAUCAUAGCACCACUAUAGCCAGCCAUGGAGAAAAUGGAUUUAGAAACAUACCAGGUCCAGCUCUCACAAGUCGAGCUAGCGCUUCGAACAGAUCCUACCAACACUGAAUUAAGCUCUCUGCGCUCUGAGCUCGAGGAGCUUAUCCGUCUCACGAAAGAAGCCUUGUCCCAAGCAGAGGGCUCUUCUCGCGCCGAACAUUCUCGUAAAGCAGCAGUUUCUCUUCCUACGCACGCUCUGUCCGCAGGCAAUGAAUGUCUUGCAAAAUAUUCAGGCGAUGGGUCCUGGUACCCUGCCCGAAUAACGUCUGUGGGUGGUUCGGCUGAAAAGCCAGUAUACAGCAUAGUAUUCAAGGGUUACAACACAACGGAGCUUCUGAAAGGACAUGAGAUCAAACCUAUCCCACCGAAUUACCAAGAAAAACUACCACCGUCAUCAUCAAAUAAGCGGAAGUUGACGAAGGUGGAAGAGGAGGAGAGGGAGAGAAAGAAGAAGAAAAACGAGAAGAAGGUUGAGGCGAAGGCUGCAAAGGCCAAGGAGCAGACGCAAAAACAGGCUACAUGGCAGAAGUUUGCGAAAAAGUCGGAGAAGAAGGGAUUGCAUAUAGCAGGUGUGGCAGGAACGAGCAUCUUCAAGACACCAGAUAAUCCACUAGGGAAAGUUGGUGUCACUGGGAGUGGGAAAGGAAUGACCGAGAUUACCAGCAGGAUCAAGCACAAAUUUUCCCAGUCUGACGAGUCUCACUCUUAAUGCUUUGAACUUGACAAUGUAUGUGCUGGUAUCUUCGUUGGCCCAGGAAUACCAAUUUCAACAGAUUGCGAAUAACUCAGUACAGUGAAAUCACGAUCUUGAGUUUUUAGCAACCCACAAGGAAAUCAAAGAUGCCUGGAAGAAGAGUUGAAAUGUGGCGCAUGCAAGGUUUUUGGAAUACGCUAGUGUUGCAUUACAGCGUCCGUAAAAACAAGAGCUCGUUUGACUGACUAAUCUUGUUUUUACAGCAGUCGGACAUGGAGUACAUAGGUAUGACUUGUUCUGAGGCUAUCGGAGGCGUUACGUGUUCUCAGAUCGGAUAGGACGGCCUUGUACACAAGUUUAUUAUUAAGGCUAUGGUCACUUUUCCAUGCAGCACGCUCUCUGCCGUCAUACUAUUCAUAAACUGGUUUCAGGCCGUCCGGGCCUAUUAAAUUUGAGCUUCGAUUCCGUUUGCUUUAUAUCAAGCUAUUGGGAUACACGCCGCUUGCACUGCACCGACGAGUACUCCUCCUUCAGAUGAGCUAGUCAGUCUUUCCCCCAGGGAGCUUCUCUUCAGAAGUUUUAUUGCCACUACUACAGCAUACAAGGGGUGCUUCUGGUUAUGCGCACUUGGGGAAACUGCUGCAAUCGUGUUGCCUCGCAUCUUCCUUUCCAAACUCCCAGUUGGUGUUCGUGGUCUGCUAGACGCCCUUGGCGGCCCAGAUACCCGCCCCAUAAGUUAUCCAUUCAUUAUUGGGACAACUCUUAUGUCCCUCGCCGGUCUCCUACGCUGGCAAUGUUAUCGUACUCUUGGUCGAUUCUUCACCUACCGGCUCAGUAUCCGCAAGGACCAUCAGCUAGUUAAAAGCGGACCCUAUUCCAUUGUGCGUCAUCCGAGUUACUCAGCUGCUAUAUUGGCUCUGCUUGGCGUGGUCAUUGCGUAUGGUCAUCCGAGGUCGUGGUUAAGAGACUCGGGUGUGGCAGAUAGCAUACUGGUGAAAAGUGCGGCCGUGUCUUGGGUUGGUCUGUUGACCAUGUUAAACAUUUCCUUGCCUUCGCGGUGCUCACAGGAGGAUCAGAUCAUGAAGGAGAAGUUUGGGGAAGAGUGGGAAGAGUGGGCGAGCAGAGUAAGGUUCCGGAUGAUUCCUGGUAUCUACUGAACAAUCAACAGAAGUCGAGUCGUUGCAGCUUUUUCUCAGGAUAGCGACCGACCUAUCAAUUCUUUGAUUGCAGUACAAACAUUAUCACAAGUAUGACAUGCUCCCGUAGCCUACAGAUGUACUCACAAAAUUAUAUCACCGUU